AUGGUUAAUCAAUCACACCCAUCAGGAGCACCACCAGGAUCACCACCAGGAGUUCCUCCAUGUCCUCCGCCAUGUCCUCCACCAGGAGCACCACCAGGAUCACCAACAGGAGUUCCUCCAUGUCCUCCUCCAUGUAUUCCACCAGGAGCACCACCAGGAGUUCCUCCAUGUCCUCCGCCAUGUCCUCCACCAGGAUCGCCACCAGGAUCACCACCAGGAUCGCCACCAGGAUCGCCACCAGGAUCACCACCAGGAUCUCCACCAGGAUCACCACCAGGAGCACCACCAGCAGCACCACCAGGAGUUCCUCCAUGUCCUCCGCCAUGUCCUCCACCAGGAUCGCCACCAGGAUCACCACCAGGAUCGCCACCAGGAUCACCACCAGGAUCGCCACCAGGAUCACCACCAGGAUCACCACCAGGAGUUCCUCCAUGUCCUCCGCCAUGUCCUCCACCAGGAUCGCCACCAGGAUCACCACCAGGAUCGCCACCAGGAUCGCCACCAGGAUCACCACCAGGAUCACCACCAGGAUCACCACCAGGAUCUCCACCAGGAUCACCACCAGGAUCAUCACCAGGUAAUUAUGAAAACGCAGAAACUAAGUUUAAGAAUAUUGUCAAACGAAGGAUUUAA